ACAUGAUUCGCGAAUCAGACACUUCCUGAAGCUGACACUUCCUGUAGCACCGCCUUAAACAAAACAAGCAACUUUCCAUAGAACCCAGAAAGAAGGCCGUUGUGAAGACAAUCUACUACAGCGGACAUAUACAAUACUUGUUUAUUAAUCACCCGUCUAUAAUCGAGAGAGAGUGUGUUUUCAUAAAAGCUCUGAGGCUGUGAGCUGGGAAUUACAGCUAUGAUGGCGUCCAGCUACAGCGCAAAGGAGGAAGACGGUCAUCACUCCGGACCCGCGGGGCUCGGCGGAGCCGCCAUCCGGACUCGAAAGCCCGACAACACGGCCUUCAAACAGCAGCGGCUACCGGCCUGGCAGCCCAUCCUGACCGCGGGGACCGUGCUGCCCGCCUUCUUCAUCAUCGGCCUCAUCUUCAUCCCAAUAGGAAUCGGCCUCUACGUGACAUCCAACAACAUCAAAGAGUUCGAGAUUGAUUAUACCGGGACUGACAUGUCCAGCCCGUGUUUUAACUGCUCCCAAAGCUUCAGCUGGAACAGCACGACUCCAUGCAAAUGUGUCCUGUUCUUCUCUCUAGACCAGCCUUUCGAAAGUAAUGUUUUCAUGUACUAUGGCCUCUCAAAUUUCUACCAAAACCAUCGGCGGUAUGUGAAGUCCAGAGAUGACAGCCAGCUUAAUGGAGACCAGCGCUCACUUAAGGAGCCAAGCAAAGAAUGUGAGCCGUACCGCACUAAUGAAAACAAGCCUAUAGCCCCGUGUGGAGCCAUUGCUAACAGCAUGUUUAAUGACACACUGGAUUUGUUUUACAUUGAUCCCAAUGGAACAAAAACACAAAUUCUAUUGAUCAAAAAAGGGAUUGCAUGGUGGACGGACAAACAUGUGAAGUUCAGGAACCCUGGUGGAAGCAACCCAAAUCUUACUGCUGCUUUUAUAGAGACAGCGAAGCCGGUCAACUGGCACAAGCCUGUUUAUGAGCUGGACAUUGACUCAGAAAACAACGGCUUCAUAAAUGAGGAUUUCAUCGUGUGGAUGCGCACAGCUGCUCUCCCCACCUUCAGAAAGCUCUACCGCAUUAUUCAGAAGAAGAACAACAUGACACCCACGCUUCCCAGAGGCAGCUACAGCCUGGAAGUCACCUACAACUACCCCGUGCGCAGCUUCGAGGGCCGGAAGCGAAUGAUCCUCAGCACCAUCUCCUGGAUGGGAGGGAAAAACCCCUUCCUGGGCAUCGCCUACAUAACCGUGGGCUCCAUCUGCUUCUUCCUCGGCGUGGUGCUCCUCUUCAUUCAUCACAAAUACGGAAACCGCAACAACAGCUCUGAUGUUCCCAGUUAAGCUUGUCGAGGGCAUGUGAUCUGGGUUUGAGUAGCAUGCUUCGAUUGGCGUUUUAAAGGUGCAAGAGCAUUUGACCACUUGAUGUUCUGUUUAUUUAUUACUCAAGAUGUUGUCCACUUCAAAGUUGUAUUUUUGAAUUUGUAUUUUUUUCUGAUGAUGGUUGAUGGUUCAUUUCAAGCAUGUUUUGGCCGUCGAUAUGCACAUAUGUCUGAGGUUAGUGUGAUAUUAUAAC